AUGUCCCAAGGCGGUGGUCCUGGUAUCGAGGAGCUAGCGGCCAAAGACCCGCGAGCUGUAGUCAAAGUGCCAUUAGAUUAUACAGAAGGUGUGACGGCAGAGGCCGUAUCUGUGAUAUGUGAACGGUUUGCUUUACAGGCAGGUCGCGAAACACUGACUGCCCUACUCCAACGUCUUUUCACCUCCUUCAAGCAACGCGAUGCCACACUCGUAAAGAUCAACCCCUUGAUCCGUGAGCCCAAAACGGGACGUCUCAUCUGCGCCGGUUCCAAAGUGUGCAUCGAUAACACCGCAUCAAAACGCCAGAGUAAGAUAUUCGGUCUCCGCGACCGGAACCAAGAAUUGGCAGUGGAAGCCGAGAAGCAUGGUCUAGUGUACAUUCAGCUUGAAGGAAACAUCGGCCGUCUCGUCAACGGGGUCGGACUGGCUAUGGUAACGAAUGACGCUGUUGCUCAUCAUGGCGGAAAAUGUGCAAACUUUCUCGAUGGCGGAGGGCAAGCGACGAAGGAGACAAUGGUCAAAGCGUUUGAGCUUAUACUGAGCGACAAAAGGGUUGAUACCAUCUUGGUGAAUAUAUAUGGUGGCAAGUCCGGUCAAAGUGGUGGCUCAGGCUAUGGUGCAGGCAUAGCCACAUUGUUUGCAGAACAAGGGGCGAAAGUAGUGGUGGCCGACAUCAAUGAAGAUGGCGGCAAGCGUACGGUCUCAGCUAUGCCAGACAGCAUGAGAUUUCACAAAGUAAAUGUCGCAAAAGAGAGCGACUGGCAAAGACUUGUUGAAUCUACGCAAUCCGCGUUUGGAAGCAUCAAUUGUCUGGUCAACAACGCUGGGACAACGUACCGCAACAAGGGGUUUGAGUCCUUUUCAGGUGUGCCUGACACGCCGGAAAAUCGAGCGAAGUUUUUGUCAAACGUUCCUCUUGGCCGACUGUGCGAACCCUCAGACGUUGCAUCGGCCUGUCUCUUUUUCGCGUCCGAUGAGUCGUCUUUUGUGACUGGUGUCAACAUGGAAGUUGAUGGAGGUCGAGCUGUGUAG